UGAUAACCAGCGGGAAAUGUGUGACAGGAGGGGAGGGUUGACCUUCCGUCCCCCGGCGGCACCGGUCAAGUCACGACCCGACCCCGCCCUCGGGGUGGACACGGACUGUAUAAAUGGUCGGACAGCGGGCAGCAGAAACACAGUCAACACCGACCAGUCACCGAGCAACACAACAUGAUCAAGUUUGUCGUAUUCGCCCUGUGUGUGGCCGCCGCGGCUGCCGGCGGUGGAUAUGGUGGUGGAUAUGGUGCCCAGAGCCACGUCAGCGUCCAACAAUACAAUCCCUGGGGCAGCAGCAAAUACGGAGUUCACCAGACUCACGCCACUUAUGCCGGCCAUGGCGGUGGAUACGGCAGAUACGGAGGAUACGGCAAGUUUGUCGGAGGUCACGCCAAGGUCUACGCUCAAGCUCAGGGAUCUGGUGGAUAUGGACACGGUGGAUACGACGGUUGACACGGCGGAUACGGCGGUGGACACGGUGGAUACGGCGGUGGACACGGUGGAUACGGCGGUGGACACGGUGGAUACGGCGGUGGACACGGCGGAUACGGCGGUGGACACGGCGGAUACGGCGGUGGACACGGCGGAUACGGCGGUGGACACGGUGGAUACGGCGGUGGACACGGCGGAUACGGCGGUGGAUAUUCCUAUGGAUACAGCGCCGAUGUCGGACACGGUGGAUACGGCCACUAAUUUAAUUAUAUUGAGCGUCGUAACAUCGCCAAUUCAUCGUGUUUGUGUGAUUUAUAAGUGUGGUGUGUGCAGUUUUCUAAAAGGCAUUUAAAAUAUACUGCAAAGGAAG